ACAGUAACGUGUUGACAAGUCAGGGCCAGUGGAACAGCAAGUUAGUGGAACAAUCACAGCACAGCAGAGCUGUCAUAUCCAUCACAGUCAACUUAUAUAUUGCUUAUUAAAACCAAAAGCGUCACUUAGACUAUAAUAAUGUCUGCACCACAGAAAGGAGACCUGACCGACACGGAGAAGGAGCUACUUCAAGUUAUAGCUGCAGGUAAUGUGCAAGAAGCCUCCAGGCUGCUUGGAUCCAAAGAUGUCAGGGUAAACGGUCUUGAUGAGUAUGGCAUGACCCCUCUCAUGCACGCCGCAUAUAAGGGCAGGGCAGACAUGUGCAAACUGCUGCUGCAGCAUGGAGCAGACGUCAACUGCAACGAACACGAACAUGGAUACACCGCACUCAUGUUUGCAGGACUCUCAGGAAAGACAGAUAUCACCUGGAUGAUGUUGGAUGCUGGAGCUGAGACGGAUACAGUGAACUCAGUCGGCAGAACGGCAGCACAAAUGGCUGCUUUUGUAGGGCAGCAUGACUGUGUGACGGUCAUCAAUAACUUCUUCUCCCGGGCGAGGUUGGAUUACUACACAAAACCACAGGGCCUGGAAAAGGAACCAAAACUCCCUCCUAAACUUGCUGGACCGCUACACAAAAUUAUAAUGAGUACCAACCCCAACCCUGUAAAGAUAGUGAUGUUGGUGAAAGAAAACCCUCUGCUGAUGGAUGUGGAAGCAGUUGAGAAGUGCCGCAAGGUUCUGGAGCUUGUCUGUGAGAUGUGCAUCAAACAGCAGGAUAUGAAUGAGGUGUUGGCCAUGAAGAUGCACUACCUCAGCUGUGUGCUGCAGAAAUGUGGCUCUUUCCUGAAAGAGCGACAGGACAAACUUGAUGGCCUAAUCAAGAGUCUUUUGAAAGGGCGAGACAGUGAUGGCUUCCCGGUAUUCCAGGACAAGUUCAUUCGGGAGUGCAUUAGGAAAUUUCCAUACUGUGAUGCCACAUUACUGCAGCAGCUGGUCCGGAGUAUUGCCCCAGUGGAAAUUGGAAGUGACCCCACUGCUCUGUCAGUGCUCACGCAGGCCAUCACGGGACAGGUGGGUUUCAUGGACGCAGACUUCUGCACAACCUGUGGUGAAAAAGGAGCAGAGAAAAGAUGCUCCAUCUGUAAAAUGGUGAUCUACUGUGACCAGGCCUGUCAGAAGCUGCACUGGUUCAGCCAUAAAAAGGUCUGUAAGAUGUUACAGGAGCAGAGAGAGAAACAUGAAGCUGAGUCAGCAUCACGGCUACAGAAACAGGCCAAAGCUGAGGGUGAUCAAGCAUUAGAGGAGAUGACAGGCACUAUGGAGGAGCUCUCUGUCUGUCAGAGUGAGACUACCAGCUCCUCAGAUAACCAAAACCAAGAUGUUACCUCAGGGACAGUCCCUCUUACUACAGACUGAAUCACAAUGAAUCACACUAUUUCAACCCAGCAACCAUCAUCGUCAUUGAAGAACCAUCUAAGACAAAAGAGAGCAGGUCCGUGACCUCACCCAGAGUUUCUGAAGGUUUCUUCAUAACUCUUACAGGAUGCUCUUCUGAAAGCACAUAACAUAAGGGAAAACCACCAAAAGCUUAGCCACACAAAUGCAUAGAGGGAAGGGUCUACAAGUGACAAAAUGUAGAUUUUUUGUUUGUUUGUUUUAAAUAGUCUUUUUACAUUUAUGUUGGGGAAAAUAUAUGUAUUUAUGUAUGUGAAAAUCAUGUAUGUGUGAUGUAGGUUUUGCUUUAGGAAAGAUAUUCUAAUAUAUUGCUGCAAGACAUUGAUGCCUAUGCCUUAAAUUUCUUAGCUUGUUGUUAUGGAAAAGGAACAAAUUAAUAGAUGGCAGCAGCAGCUUAUGUGAGUCUUUAUAAAUCUGUAGAAUUUAUUUAAAUGCAGCAGGUAUUUUUGGGGACAUCUGAUAUUGAAAUACAGUUAUACGGUUUCACAAAUCAAACACAUAGAUUUUCCGUCUGCAAGUUACAAACUAUUACAUCACAUGUUCUUUGAUGAACAUGUCAAAUAUUAGACUUCAUUCACACUACAAAUAUUUCAGAAAACAACUUGAAAACACACAUUAGUCUUGACGAAGUUUAUUGAGAUUGAAACGACAAUGUAAGAGCUGUUUUUCAUUGAUUUAAACCAUAAUGGAGAACUGUAUGAUGGAUUUGGCCACUGACGGGUUUUCUCGAUCAUCAGAAUGACUGCUAAGGAAAACAUCCAAAGUCAGCUCCCGUGAAACAUUUGCUGUAGUUUAAUCAUUAAAAAUAUUUUUAAAAUACUCUUGUGACACUGACUCUGUACACCUCUUUCGUGAGACAUG